UCGUGUCCCAGCGUAAGAUGGCGGCCGGGCGGAGAGGCUGAAGGUUGCGGCGCUGAGGUGAGGGGGUGUCUCGGCGGGCGGCUCCGGCCCCGCGGGGCUCCUCCCCCCCGGGGCGGCCGCUCUCGCCCGUCCCCUGCCCCAGGCCGAGCCGGGGGCGCGGGGGGGGGAGCAGCCGGUCCAUGGCCAGGGAGCGGCCGGCGCGGUCGCCAUGGACCUGCGCACGGCCGUGUACAACGCGGCCCGCGACGGGAAGCUGAAGCUGCUGCAGAAGCUGUUGGGCAGCCGGAGCCGGGAGGAGCUGGAGGCGCUGACGGCGGGGCCCGGCGGGGGUGAGGGCCCCGGGGGAGGCAGCACCCCGCUGCUGAUCGCCGCCCGCCACGGGCACCUGGACGUGGUGGAGUAUUUGCUGGAUCACUGCGGCGCCCGCGUGGAGGAGGGCGGCUCGGUCAGCUUCGAUGGGGAGACCAUCGAGGGAGCCCCCCCGCUCUGGGCAGCCUCGGCCGCGGGGCACCUGGGGGUGGUGAGGAGCCUCCUGGACCACGGCGCCUCGGUGAACCAGACCACGCUGACCAACUCCACGCCGCUGCGAGCCGCCUGCUUCGACGGGCACCUGGACAUCGUGCGCUACCUGGUCGGGGAGCGAGGGGCCGACCUGGAGGUGGCCAACCGGCACGGCCACACUUGCCUGAUGAUUUCUUGCUACAAAGGGCACCGCGAGAUCGCUCGUUACCUGCUGGAGAAAGGGGCCGACGUCAACCGCCGCAGCGUGAAGGGCAACACGGCGCUGCACGACUGCGCCGAGUCCGGCAGCCUGGAGAUCCUGCAGCUGCUGCUCCGCUCCAAGGCCCGCAUGGAGAAGGACGGCUACGGCAUGACCCCUCUGCUCGCUGCCAGCGUCACCGGCCACACCAACAUUGUGGAGUACCUCAUCCAAGGAGGGCUGCAGCAGGAGGAGGCGGCGGCGAGCCGCCGCGGGGCCUGCGCCUCGGGUGGGAGCAGUCAAGGCAAGGAAGCUCCUGAGGGCUGCAGCGGAGAGGGGUGUGAGAGGUGCUGCGCCUCAGCUUGUGGUCAGGAUGAGCGGCAGGUGCCUGGCGUGUUCUGCAGCCGAGAGGCUGCCGUGGAGGCGCUGGAGCUGCUGGGCGCCACCUUCGUGGAUAAGAAACGCGACCUCCUGGGAGCACACAAGUACUGGCGCCGGGCGAUGGAGCUGCGCUGCGAGGGCGGGCGGUACCUGCCCAAACCCGAGCCCCGGCAGCUCGUCCUGGCCUACGACUACUCGCGGGAGGUGAGCUCUCUGGAGGAGCUGGAAGCCCUGAUCACCGACCCCGACGAGAUGCGCAUGCAGGCGCUGCUGAUCCGGGAGCGCAUCCUGGGCCCCUCGCACCCGGACACCUCCUACUACAUCCGCUACCGAGGAGCCGUCUACGCCGACUCCGGCAACUUCGAGCGCUGCGUGAACCUGUGGAAGUACGCCCUGGACAUGCAGCAAGGCAACCUGGAGCCUCUCAGCCCCAUGACUGCCAGCAGCUUCCUUUCCUUUGCAGAGCUUUUCUCUUACGUGCUUCAGGACCGCUCCAAAGGCACUUUAGCCACCCACCUGGGCUUCUCCGACCUCAUGGGAGUACUGAGCAAAGGGGUCCGGGAGGUGGAGAGGGCUCUUGUGCACGGCAAGGACCCUGUGGUUGACUCAGCGCAGUUCACCAAGACGCUGGCCAUCAUCCUCCACCUGGUCUUCUUGCUGGAGAAGGUGGAGUGCACCCCGGAGCAGGAGCACCAGAAGCGCCAGACCAUCUACCGCCUGCUCAAGUGCAGCCCCAGGGCCAAGAACGGCUUCACUCCUUUGCACAUGGCCGUGGACAAAGACACCACCACGGUGGGACGUUACCCCGUGGGCAAGUUCCCUUCCCUGCAUGUGGUGAAUUUGCUCCUGGAGUGUGGGGCUGACCCCGACAGCCGUGACUACGACAACAACACCCCGCUGCACGUCGCUGCCCGCAACGGCUGCCCGCUCAUCAUGAGCGCCCUGAUGGAGGCUGGAGCCCAUAUGGAUGCCACCAAUGCCUUCAAGCAGACUGCUUACGAGCUCCUGGAUGAGAAGCUGCUCACCAAGAGCAUGAUGCAGCCCUUCAACUACAUCACCCUUCAGUGCCUUGCUGCCCGCGCCCUGGACAAGCACAAGAUUCCCUACAAGGGUUUCAUCCCCGAGGAGCUGGAGGCCUUCAUUGAACUGCACUAGGGCGGGAGAGCUGAGGUCCCUGGCCUUUCCCAGCUCCUGUUUCACCCCCCAGAGGUUGUGCAGCCCGAGAUCUGGGGCUGUCCUUGCCCAGGUACCCGAGGCUGUCGCCCUGCUGAGAUGGGCCCUGAGCUUUGGCUUCAUCCGUCACCAUCAAGCGCAGGGGUAGGAGAGGAGGAGGCUGGAGAGCUCGUGGCUGUCCCUCAUGGUUGUCAUCUUCAGGUACCAGAUCUCUCCAGUGCACUGUGUCCAGAGAAGGCUGCAGCCCCUGCCCUUUCCCGUGCCAGCCACCUGAGAAGGAAGGAAAACAGAGAUUCCUGGGACCUGCUUCCUCUCCUGUUAGUGCUGGGUUAGGUCAGCGUUGAGCUUUGGAGCAGCCACACAUCACACACGUGCUCUAGCCCUUCCCAUCCCCAGUGACCCAACAGAGAGGAAUGCAAGUGAGGAAUAAAAUACCCCCCAACUAAUUCUUUCCCCCAGCUCCCUUCUCAGAUGUGAUGCCCUACGAGUGUGACAGCCAAGGGUCCUGUGUUAGCUGAGGUGGUUCCUUUGCAGAGCCAUAGGGCUGGGUGUGCUCAGCAUGGGGUUGUUUUCUCCUCUCCCUCGGUUGGCCAAGUAGCAAGUGAUGUUAAAGGCCUGAGAGUUCAAUGAUUGUGCAUAAAGCUGGGUUAUUCUCUUCUCUUUUAGAGCCAGGCCCUAUGUAUGCUGCAAGACUUCUUCAGUGCUGUAAGAUAGAGAGAGUAAGGUCAGUUCUGGUUGUCUAGUUUCAUCAGCUGAUGGUGGGUUUUAUGAAUGGGGAGGAAAAACACCUGCCUUCAAAGUACUGCUGUGGCAUUCAAGCCCUUGGCUUGCCUAGUCUGCACACCCUCACUUCCAUCCCAGCACAGACAGAGGCCCUUCAGCUCCAGAGGUCAGCAGGGACUGGGCUUCCAGGGUGGGUAUGUGCAGAUGUCAGAGCUGAAGCAGUGCCCGUGGAACCAGCCCUGGAGGGCUCACGCUGUGGGUGCUGCCUGGGGGUGAGGGACAGCAGGUGAGUCUUGGGGGCACGUUUGCAUGAGAGUGAUCUGAAGGAGGAAAUGGAAGUCCCAGGUACCUUGUUCUCCUGAGGUUUGUUAGUACCAACCCAUGUGGCUCUGUCCACCCAUUGUCACAACCUGCCUGGAUGUAGGAGCAGCUGGUUUGGGCCUGUGGUGCUUUCUGCAGCUGAGGACGGUGCUACUGCAGGGACUGGGUUUGACAUCUCAUUUGGCUGCUCUUUGGGCAAAGCUUCUUUCUUCCAUUAGGAUCUGCACACAACUUGGUUCCCUCUUUAGGUCUAUAGGCUCAGGGUAGGUGUUUGCCUCCCUCAGCAGAACCUUCCUCAGUGUAAACACGAGGCUGUGCCAGUACUUGAGCUCCUGAAGGGGAGGGGCUGGCCUUUGGCAGCCUGGUUUCUUGGCCUCAGGCAGGGUGGAAAACACAGUUGAGGGUUGAAACAGCUGCCUCUGAGCUUUGGGAAAGGUCAAGACAGGGAGAGCAGAACCCUGACAAGCAGCUGUGUGCUCACUAUACGCUACUGAAGCUUCUCCACUUGUAUUUACAGGCCCCUGUAGCCAUCAGCCCCAGCCCCGCUCUGCCCUCACACACCCAGCACACUUUUGCAGUGUUAACUAUAACAUUUAUUUAUAAGGCAAGGAGGUUUAACUUUUACUGAGAUGUAAAGUGCAGAGUUAGUUUAGCUACGUUCUGUAUCAUUGUUUUCUUCUCCUUUUGGCUGCAACCUGAACUAAACUGCAGGAAUGGAACUCGUUUGUUUGUGAGCUGACGAGCGCUCGUAACUUUAAUUAAUAAAACAACAAGUGGCUGCUA